AUGGACUGGGCGUGCGUGAACUGCUCGUUCGAGAACCCGCCGCAGGCGGCGCGCUGUGAGAUCUGCCGCUCCGCCCGCCCUGGCGCCGUGGAAUUUGGCUCGGCCAAGCGCGCCCGCGCCUCGCCGACGCCCGCGCGCGGCAAGAAGAAGACCAAGGCCGCCACGCCAACGUCGUCGUCCUUCUUCCGCGAAGACGCGCGGCUGCUCGAGAAGAAGCUGCAGCAGAUGCGCGAGUGCUUGGGCAAUGGUGUGAGUGACGAAGAGAUGCGGCGGCUGCUCCAGAAGAACGCGGGCAGCGUCAGCUUCUCGAUCGCAGCCUACUACGAACAAGCGUCGCGCCAAGAAGCAGCGACCGCCGACAGCGACGUCACGUACUGGACGCGCUCGACGGAGCCAUCCAUGUACUACCUCGGCGUCGCGACGGCCGAUGCGUCGGUCACGCGGCGCGAAGACCGCUCGAUCAAGACUGGCGCACGGUUCCACCUUCAGGUCGAAGGCGGCAACAUGGUGCGGGUCGUCACGACGUCGGGCAACGUCGUCGUUGGCCGCAUGGACGAAUCGUGGGAAGAGAUGCUCGCGGAGCUCUUGGCAGCGCGCCUUGUGGCGGUCGGCGCGACGGUCGUUGAGGCGCCGUUCGAGUCGGCUGUCUUUGCGCGCUUCCAAGUCCAGCUGUUUGUGUUUGGUGCGCCAGCCUUUUGGUCGGCGCUCGAGAAGACGCCCGUCACGUAUACCGACCAUCGCUGGAAGGAGAAGGCCUUCCUCCUCCUCGAGUUUCUCGGGAGCCCGAAAAAGUCGAUUCUGACGCCGUCGUCGACGCUCGUACUGCCCGGCGAGACGUAUGAAAAGAUGAGCGACGACGUGUCCGUCGAUGUGCUGUACCGCACCAGCAUCUCGCCUCACGAUGCGAUUCCGGGCUACAGCGCCGAGGCCGUGCACGGAACGAUGCACAACAUCACGCUGCGGUCGUACCAAGAAGAGGCGCUGCGCUGGAUGCUCUUUCGCGAACUCAACCAGAACGCGCUCAGCGACAGCCACCUCAUUGGCCAAGCGCUUCGACUGGACGGCGCCAGUGUCAGUCUCGACGACGACGAGUCGUCCAGCACGAUGCAUCCGCUCUGGUCGACGCGGACGUGCACCCACCGCGGCGCAACCGUGCCCUACUACGUCAACGUUUUCGAACGCCUUGCUGCGCUGACGCCGCCGGCGCCGCCCGUGCCAUGCCGAGGAGGCAUCUUGGCCGACGACAUGGGCAUGGGUAAAACCAUCAUGGUGCUCGCACUCGUGGCGGCGCGGGCCAAAUUGUACACGGCGGAUUUUACACCGGCGCACGCUUCGGGCAGAACGCGUGCCAAGACGCUCGUCGUGUGCCCACUGAGUUUGCUGCACCAGUGGAAGCAAGAGUUUGAGACGCGCGCGCCGACCCUCCGUGUCGCUCUGUAUUACGACGCGCCGAAGAAGUCACUGGUCGCUGUUGACGCCGACGUCAUCUUGACGACGUACGGCGUGCUCUCGAGCGAGAAGGAGUCGGCGCUGCACGCGUUCCACUGGGACCGGCUCAUUCUGGACGAGGCGCAUUCCAUCAAGAACCGGUCGACGGCGUACUUCAAGUCGUGCGCGGCACUCUCGGCCACGCACCGCUGGUGCCUCACGGGCACGCCGAUCCAAAACUCGCUCGAAGACAUCUUGUCAUUGCUCGUGUUUCUCCAGUACCAACCAUGGGACAAGACCGAGUGGUGGAGUCGAGUCGUUGCGCAGCCGUACGAGAAAGGCCAGCAAUGCGCCUUGAUGCGCCUUCAGGCUAUCCUGGGCCCCAUUCUACUUCGGCGCACGAAAGCAACCCGCGAUUCGAGCACGGGCGAGCUCAUCGUGCAGCUCCCGCCCAAGCGCAUUGAGGUCGUGCGUCUCACCUUCUCGGCCGAGGAACGCCAGUUCUACAAGGCCGUGUACGCCAAGAGCCGCGGUGAGUUUUACGGCUACGUCGAGAGCGGCAACGCGAUGGCGAGCUACGUGGCCAUCUUUGCGCUCCUUCUGCGUCUUCGCCAGGCGUGCGACCACCCGUUCCUUGUCAUGGGCAAGACCGAAGUGCAAAAGACCGUCGCGCAAAAGAAGAAGGCGGCGGCGACGGCCACCAAGCACGCGACCAACGCCGACUACUACGCCGAGCUCACGGCCAUCUUGCAGCAGUCGUCGUCCGAGUCGUCGUCCUCAGCGACGACGUCAACGACGAACAGCAGCGACGAGACGUAUAUUUCAAGUCGGAUCCUCGAGAUCCAAGACGAAGGCCUCGACUGCCAAGAGUGCCCUGUCUGCUUGGACGUGCCUCAAUCGCCCGUGCUCACGCCGUGCGCACACUUGCUCUGCCACGAGUGCGUCCGCGCGGCUUUGGACACCGCGCCCGUCUGCCCCGUCUGUCGCGCCGACGUGGGUCUGGACCAGUUGAUCCCGAUCACGCCGCCCGAGCGCGCCGACGUGACGCCGUCGCCGGGCGACAGUGCCGGGAGCACCAAAAUGCGCCAGCUUCUCCGCGACCUCGAGGCGCUUCGAGCCUCGGAGCCGCACCGAAAGGUCGUCGUCUUUUCCCAGUGGACGCACAUGCUCGACCUCGUGGGCUCGACGCUCAACCAGCACGGCUUCUCGACCGUUCGCUUUGACGGGUCGCUCAAGCAAGACGAGCGCGAGCGCGUUCUGUCGGAAUUCAGCCGCGGGUCGGCCAAUGUGCUCGUGAUUUCGCUCAAGGCCGGCGGCGUCGGCCUCAACCUGACCGCUGCCUCGGUCGUUGUGCUCCUCGAUCCGUGGUGGAACCCGGCGCUCGAAGACCAAGCCAUUGACCGCGUCCACCGCUUGGGCCAGGACCACGACGUGAUCGUGAAAAAGUAUGUCGUCGACGACACGGUCGAAGACAUGAUUCUGCAGCUCCAAGAACGCAAAGCCACCAUGGCAUCGACGGUCCUCGCGACGUCCAAGCCCGGCGCCGACAGCGACGGGCGCCUCGGGCUCGCCGACUUGCUCAAGUUUUUCCGAUAA